CCCAUCCACCCACCCAUCUAUCCAUCAGUCCAUCCACCCAUCCAUCCACCCAUCUGUACAUCCACCCAUCUGUAUAUCCAUCCUUCCAUCCAUCUAUCCAUCCACUCUUCCAUUUAUCUGACCAUCCACCCAUCCAUUCAUCUAUCCAUCCAUCCAUCUACCCAUUAAUCCAUCCACCCACCCAUCCAUCUAUCCAUCCACUCUUCCAUUUAUCUGACCAUCCACCCAUCCAUUCAUCUAUCCAUUCAUCCAGCCAUCUACCCAUUAAUCCAUCCACCCAUCCAUCCACCCAUCCAUCCACCCAUCUGUCCAUCCACCCAUCCAUCCAUCCAUCCACCCAUCCAUCCACUCUUCCAUCCAUCUGACCAUCCACCCAUGCAUCUAUCUACUCACCUAACCAUUCACUCAUCCAUCCAUCCAUCCAUCCACUCAUGUACCUAUCUAUCCAUUUGUCCAUCCUCUCGCCCACCCCUUCAUCUAUCCAUCCAUCUGCCCAUCUAUCAUCCAUUCACCUAUCCAUCCACUCACCCAUCCACCCACCCACCCAUUGCUCAUCCGUCCACCUAUCUGUCCAUCCAUCCACACAUCCAUUCAUCCUUUUAUCAUCUAUUGGCUCAGGCAAAAAUGACCAAAGUCAUAGGCCCUAUGGAACACUCCUAG